GAAUGCUUCCUCGUGUCCUUGACAGCUUCUCUCUUUUUGUCUCCUUUUUAGUACCCAUUAUUUAUCUAACUCAACGUAACUGCCCUGCCAAGCAAAGGACAUGGUUCAAUGCCUCUGCACAUGAGUGCUACUCUGCUUCCAACCCACUCCUCUUGUUGUGCUUUUCCAUUUUGUUUUCUUUGUGAUUAGUACUCUUGUCUAGAUUUGGUUAGUUUUCUUCUCAAAUGAGUAAGAACCCAUCUCAGGAUGGACAUGAAACCAUGCCAAUGUUCGAGCUUUUCAAGAAAUUCAAGCGCUUUAGACUGUUUGAACCGUCUGUGGGAGUUAUGGGGUUCUUUCUUAUUGUGGUUUGUGUGAUUUGCUGCUUCUUUUACUUGGAUUACAGGGCUGCCGCUAAAGGGUAUGGAGUUCCUGCACAAUCAGAUAGGUUCUUGUGGUUGAAAUUAGAUGAGUCGCCUAGUGAGAUUAAGAGAGUUGAGUUUUUGGGGGAAGAGGGGAACAGUUGCAAUGUGUUUGAUGGUGAUUGGGUGUGGGAUGAAGGGUAUCCUUUGUACCAAUCUAAAGAUUGCAGCUUUCUGGAUGAUGGGUUUAGGUGUACUGAGUAUGGGAGGCCUGACAUGUUCUACACCAAGUGGAGAUGGCAACCCAGACAUUGCAACUUGCCCAGAUUUGUUGGAAAAGUGAUGUUGGAGAAACUGCAGAACAAGCGCUUAGUGUUUGUUGGGGAUUCAAUUGGAAGAAAUCAAUGGGAGUCACUCCUCUGCAUGCUCUCUUCUGCAGUUCCCAAUAAGGACUCCAUAUAUGAAGUGAAUGGCAGCCCAAUUACAAAGCAUAAAGGGUUCUUGGUUUUCAUGUUCAAGGACUAUAAUUGUACAGUGGAGUACUACAGAGCUCCAUUUCUUGUCCUGCAGAGCAGGCCUCCUCCUGGCUCUCCAGAGAAGAUUAAGACAACCCUGAAAUUGGACCAGAUGGACUGGAACUCUAAAAAGUGGAGAGAUGCAGAUGUGCUGAUCUUCAAUACUGGGCAUUGGUGGAACUAUGAAAAGACCAUAAGAGGGUAAGUAAGAUGUGAUAUUUCUUUUAUCCUUCUUCAAAUUCUUUGUUAUUGUGGUUAGAUGUUUGUUUGUACAAGACUACAGUGAUAGUCGGCUGGCAUUAGUUUUUGCUGUAUUUAAUGUUCUCAUACUCAAAAGCCCCUAAGCAUAGACAUGGAAUUUAUCCGGAGUUUAGUCAAAGAUGAAUAUUUGCUGUCUCAAGGCAUCUCUUGAAAUAUCAGGAGUUUGAUAGUCCCUUGCUUUUAUUCUUUAUUUUUUAUUUUUUGGGUACAUAGAGACUAGAUAUUGAACUCUAGACCUAUGACUAAGAGCACAGGUAACUCUAUUGGUGGGAUUCACCAAUGAAAUGGUCCUUGCUGGGAUUCAUGCAUUAGGAUUAUUGGAGGGCCCUUGUGGAUUAUUUCAAAUAAAUUAAUCUCAAGGUGGUUAAUCAUAUGAUAAGAUGGGUCUGUGACAGCUCAACAACUUUGCUUUUGGGAAAAGGACUUUUGCUUUGCAUAACCUCUUUUUGGUUUCUGCUUUUAUUUAUUUCUUUCUUUCUUAGUGGGAACUUCUUACCAAUUUUCUUAUUAUGAUCCUAUGCUAAUUACUGCUUUUUGAUAUUUCUGAGGACCAAGCUCUAAAUUUGAAAGUGAUGGAACAGACAAGUCGCUGUUGAACCACUGAUUGUGGCUUGCAUGGAUUCUUUU